AUGCCCUUUACCUCAUCUAAUAGCUCUCACAGUAUUUCCUCAACGAAAUCUAGACGACUCUCGCUCUCUCUUUCGAAUAGAGAAAUACCUGAACCUGUCUUUGCGAAUUUAAAUGCCUCCCCCAACGAUCACAAGAAUAUUGCUAAUGAAAUGGUCAACUCUGCAAAACAUCAACCCGAAAUACAACAGUCUAUUGAAAUAUCGCGAAGAGUACUAACACCAGAAUCGAACAAUGAAGAAACUGAAGAAGAGAAUACAUCAAUGGGUGAAGAAAAUAAGGAAAAUUCUGAGGGAGAAUUAAUACUCGAUUCUUUGAAUUCAGAGAAAAAUAUUGAAAACACUCUUAAUAACAUGCUUAUAUUAUCGGAGUCUGUCACUAGCCAAUUGAAGAUUUUGAUUAAUGAUUCUAUUAGUGAUUUGAAAAAUGGAGAGUUUAAUUUUUUUGGAGUAUUCAAGGCAAUAGUUGAAAAGGAGUUAGAUCUCGUUAGUUCUAUUUAUAUUGGAGAUGCUUUUGGAAAUAAGGUUGGAGUUUUUUAUUAUGGUGGAGAAUUAUACAUGAUGAAUUCAUCCCAAUCCCUCAAUUCCCUAACUUUUUGUCAAGAUUGGACAAGUAAGAGUGAAUGUGAGAUGGGUUCUUCGAAAACAUUUUCUAAUACAGAGUUAAGAAUUGAGAAUACUCUAGUGAGGGAUAAUUUUCAAUCAAUUCAAAUAGUUGGACUUGUAUCUGAAAGAAAUACUGUUAGACUGUUAAAAAAGUGGAUAGAUUCCAAGUCUAACUUUUACUACUUUGCAAUGGAUCUAAGUUUGAAUAGACUGUGUGCAAAGGCUCUUGUACCAACAAUGUACUAUUCAGUUAAUGGAAAUAUAAUGCUCAUGGAUACAAACUCAACCUCUGUUCUUGGUGCUAAAUUUGACUUUUCCAGUACUCAAAUAGAGAAAAUUAAGAAAUCAAAGCCAACAGAAUGCUCCCAACAGAUAAUAGUAGAGGAUGCUGAUAGUAUCCAAACCCUGUUUAUGAAGAGAAUGUGCUUAGGUGAAAGACUGGAUUUAAUCCUUGUGACCUCCAUACCAACAAGCAGUUUGACAAGUUCUCUCGUUUCACCAAUGCUAAUAACCUUAGCAGCCAACUUGAUAUUAUUUAUUGUAUUGGCUAUUCUUUCAAUUACAUUUAUUUGGCUCUUUUUGAGGCCGCUUAAUGAGAUUUUUCAAAUGGUUGACGAAACGUAUGGUAUCAAGGAAAGUUUUAAUGGAGUUCCAAGAAAGAAGAAUUUAAAAACACCUCUCGUGAGAAAUCUCCACGAAUUCAAGUUUUUAAGAGAAAUGAUUGGAAGGUUGGUGAGUCCACAGAGUAAUAAUCAAUCAUUUAUUCAGAAAAAUCCCAUUGUCAAGUAUGAAUCCGAUUUGUCCAUUAACAAAUCAAUUGAUUUGAAAUCCUCCCAACAAUUCGCCAAAACCCAAAAUAAGGAAGGAAUUGGAUCUUUCCUCUCCAAUAGCUUUAAAUUUGCCAACAAGAAGAGACACCAACAAGUGAUUGAAGAAAGAGAAGUUAUAUGUGUUGGCGUCUCACUUGAAGGACUUGAUCAAGUUGCCACCUCAAAUAUGGGAGAAGCUAUUCACUUUUUAUUGGAAUGUUGUGAAAAGAUAACAACAAUGUGUAGUCAGAAGGGGUGUAAGGCUGGAUUUCUCUCUACUAAUGUUAUUGGUCUCUUUUAUAAUUUUGCCACUAAUACUUUCCCAAUUGAUAAGAUCAUCUCUAACAAUUAUUUCUUUUUAGAUCAAUUAGAAAAGAUCAAAAUCAAACAUCCAAUCAAGUUUAGAAUGGUGACGUUUCAACAAAAGUUAUUAUGUGGUCUUGCCACACCAACUAUUUUCACUCCUUUUAAUACUGAUCAUGUAAUGGAAACCAUUCGAAAGAUGAAUGAUAUUUGUGUUGAAUUAGAUAUCAAGAUGACUGUUCCAGAAUAUUUCAAAAAGGCCACUAGUGAAAAGUACUAUCACAGAUUUAUUGGAAAUGUUUUUCUACUCAAUAGCCAAACAAGUUUUUCAAACACUUGCCUAAAUACGGAAGGAAGGGAAGAGGAAAUUUACAACUUGUAUGAAGUUGGAGAGGAGAAGAUAAUUCAACAGGACCAAGAGUGGAUGUAUGAAUUGCAUGAGAAAACGAAAAAACACAAAUGGGAUGAAUAUAACGGAGCUCACCAAUUAUUUGAAGAUAGUAAAUUUGAGGAGGCAAGAGAUUUAUUAAAUACCAUCAUCAAUGAGCAAACUCAAACAGGCACAAUUGACCAAGCAACCUUCCAACUCUAUCGUCUUUGUGAAAUAUCUAUCAAUAACAUGAGAGAAAAUAUGAAUAGGACCGAAGUUAAUGAUAAUGACAAUACAGAAUCAUCGAUGGGCACAGAUUAUCUUUAA